AUGGCGCAGGCCCUUGCCCUCUCCGCGGCGGGCGACAGCGUGGUGCCGCCGGUGGCCCCGCCGUCCCCCAUCAAGCCGGAGCCGCAGCCGGAGCCGGAGCCCGAGCUGGAGCCCGAGCCCAUCGCGCGCUUCUCCUGGAAGGGAGUGGUGCGCGAGUGGGUGUUUGCGCCACCGGUUUGGCUGAGGGCGACGCCGGCGCAGGAGCAGGCGUACCUCGAGAUGUGGCGCCAGCGCCGGCUGACAGAGAAGCGCCGUCGCGACGAAGCGGUUCGAGUAAAAUCCGGCCGCCCCAAAACCAAAACAAAACAAAUUUCGAAAUCCAAAAUCCACACCGCCCAUCUCUCACCGCACCGGUCUCCACACCGUUUCAGUCAGUCUCCCCCCUUUCGCUUCCGCUCCCCACCUCGCCGCCGCCGCCGCCGCCGCCAUGGCGGUUCUGUACCAUCUCCUCCUCCCGCUCGUCCUCCUCCUCCUCCCGCUCGCCUCCUCCUCCUCCGCCGGCGACCGCGCGGCCCUCCUCGCGCUCAAGGGCGCCGUCACCGGCGACCCCGCCUCCGUCCUCUCCGCCUGGUCCUCCUCCGACCCCGACCACUGCCAUUGGCGCGGGGUCACCUGCCACCCCUCCUCCUCGGCCGUCGCCGCCAUCGACCUCCCCGCGGCCUCGCUCUCCGGAACCCUCCCCGCGCUCCUCCCGCCGCGCGCCUCCUCCGCCUCGACCUCUCCGGCAACAACUUCUCCGGCCCCAUCCCCGCCGCCUUCCUCGCGUCCGCGACCCUCCGCGCCCUCAAUCUCACCUCCAACCGCCUCUCGGGGCCCAUACCCUUCCCGCCCUCCUCCAACUCCUCCUCCUCCUCGCCGCCCUGCCCCGCGCUCGCCCACCUCCGCCUCGCCGGCAACUUCCUCGUCGGCGAAAUCCCCUCCGCGGUGGCCCAAUGCCGCAGCCUCCGCGUCCUCGACGUCUCCCGCAACGUCCUCGAGGGCGCCGUCCCGCGCGCCCUCGGCCGCCUCGCCGCCCUCCGCGCCCUCGACGUCUCCCGCAACAGCCUCACCGACAGGAUCCCCCCGGAGCUCGGCAACUGCCGGGACCUCGCCGUGCUCGUGCUCACCAACCUCACCGCGUCGCCCGGGGACCAGCCGGAGUUCAACGCCUUUCUUGGCGGGCUGCCUCCGGAGGUGGUCACCAACCCAGCGCUGGAGGUUCUCUGGGCACCAAGGGCCAACUUCGACGGCCGGUUGCCGAGCUACAGGAACGGUUCCUGCCGCCUACGGGCGGUCAACCUUGGGCAGAACUAUAUUGGUGGUCCAGUGCCCAAAUGGCUUGGGGAGUGUGGAGACUUGGCAUUUCUUGAUCUGAGCUCCAACAGCUUGGAGGGUUCCAUGCCUGCUGAGUUGAGGAUAGGGUGUAUGCAAUACCUCAAUGUUAGCCAGAACUUACUGUCAGGGCCGCUCCUUUCGCCCGUGGAGGGCAAAUGCUCAAGCCGUUUGGUCGAUGAUGAUGUUGUAAUUCAGUACUAUGAGGGAUUGGUUGGGAUUGCGCUGAUCGGUAACCCUUUUGGGUCUGUGCUCGGGGACAUUACUAAGGCCGCUCUCCAUGAUUUCAGCAACAAUGGCUUUAGCGGGGCGUUGCCAUCUCUUAACUUGCAUCUGGUUGGAAAUUACUCUUAUGGCUUGUUGCUCAACAGUAAUAUGUUCAACAGCACGCUUUCGGGUGGAUUUUUCGGAUUCUGCAAGGCCGCAAGUGGGGUAGCAGUCAAUUUGAGUGGCAAUCAGUUGUCAGGUAGUCUUGAUAUGCUGUCAAGCUGUACAUCUCUUCAAAGUUUUGAGGCUGGCUACAACAAGUUCAAUGGGUCAAUAUCUCCUGGAAUCGGUGACCUGCAUUUGCUGCGUGUCCUGGUCUUGAGGGCAAACAAUUUAUCAGGCGAGAUCCCUGUGCGAUUUGGUGAUUUGGCUGCUCUGGAGGUUCUGGAUUUAUCAAAAAAUUCUGUGGCAGGUAUCCUGCCAUCACAUUUAGCUGAUGCAUCGCGCCUUAAAGUAGUGAUGCUUGACCACAACAGGAUCUCAGGAAGCAUCCCUCCUAGUUUCAGUGAACUGGCUCAACUGUCGGUGUUUGAUGUCUCGUUCAACAACCUAUCAGGUGACAUUCCCUAUCUAAGGCACUCUGCUGACUGCAGUUUCUUUGUUGGCAAUCGCCUGCUGUCCCGGUGUUUGGGUCCAAAUGCAUCUGCACCACCAUCAGUAUCAACUAAUCACCAGAAAUGGACUCAAAGAUUGGGUGGCCACAUGACCAAAUCCAAGUAUCUGGUGGUGAUUAUAGCCGCGUCUGCAACUGCUCUAGUGUCUUUUGUUGUUGCAGUCCUCCUCUUCUUUGUGUGUGAGAGAAGGAAAAGAGCAAAAAUUGAAAAUUUUAAGAAGAAAGCGGUAGUAACAUUUGCUGAUGCUCCUGCUGAGAUUAACUAUGACAGCAUUAUCCAAGCAACAAGUAAUUUCAGUAUCCAGAACCUGAUUGGUACCGGUGGUUUUGGUGCUACCUACAAGGCUGAGCUGGCUCCUGGUUAUCUUGUAGCGGUGAAGAGGCUAGCCAUGGGGCGUUUCCAAGGUCUCCAGCAGUUUGAUGCAGAAAUCGCAACUCUUGGAAGAAUUCGGCACAAGAAUCUCGUUACACUUAUUGGGUACCACAUUGGAGAAUCGGACACUUUCCUGAUCUACAACUAUCUCCCCGGUGGCAACCUCGAGAGCUUUAUACAUGAGAUGGGUAGCAGACAGGUGUCCUGGGCUGAGGUUUAUACCAUUGCCAUGGAUGUUGCACAGGCCCUGGCUUUCCUUCACGGGUCCUGCACACCUCGGAUCAUUCAUCGAGACAUCAAACCGAGCAAUAUUCUGCUGGAUGAGGAUCUGAAUGCGUACUUGUCAGAUUUUGGUUUGGCGAGAUUGAUGGAAGUUACACAAACGCACGCCACAACUGAUGUUGCUGGGACCUUUGGCUAUGUUGCACCUGAAUAUGCGACCACCUGCAGAGUCUCUGACAAGUCCGAUGUUUACAGUUUUGGAGUUGUUCUUCUAGAGUUGAUGUCAGGCAAGAGGUCUUUGGAUCCCUCAUUUUCACAGUUUGGCGAUGGUUUUACGAUCGUAUCAUGGGGAAGGAUGCUGAUGCAGGAAGACCGCACCAGUGAGUUCUUCUCUCCAGGGCUAUGGGAUACGUCACCGAAGGACAGAUUGACUGAGAUGCUAAAGAUUGCUAUAUCGUGCACCUCAGAGUCACUAGCCGUUCGGCUAUCAAUGAGGCAGGUUGCAGCAAGGUUGAAGCAAUUGAGGAAUGAACAAUGAACACUGAACGUUUUGGCUUCCGAAUGUUCAUCUCUGAGAAGACGAUCACGCUUGAGGUGACAUCGGAUUUCGAUCAACAGUGGUUAAUUAAUUCUAGAUCAAUUGUCAAGAUUUGUAGUAUCUUUUGUUGUUGGUGAGGUCAUUAUCUUAACUGUAUAUACAGUAGCAAGUAGCUCUAGCUGAGAUAACUUCUGCUGGUUCUAAACCCAACGGCAUCACAAUGAUUCUUCACUA